CCAAAACAAGUUGUUUUGAUCCGAGAUUGAGAACUAUCCAUUGUAAGAUGGAAAUAUAAAUGUUGCUGUUCCACUUGGAAUUAAUGGAAUAUAAGCGCUCCAGUCUAGUCUCAACGCAGACUCGCGGCAAGAUCUCCACGGAAGGACGACAAUUUGCGGCUGCUGAGCUUGCGGCUUUCGAAUUGCUUGUCGAGCAUCAUUUCUUCUUCCACGGCCUUGUAUUCCUCGCUAAAGUUGAAACCGAAUGAAUACCAUUCUCCCUUCAAGGAAAUCGAUCCCGCAUUGGGCGCGUUGUAGAUAGCGGUUCCGUACAACAAUACGAUCAUGCCACCCACCUGGACCCAGCUGAAGAUAGUCCACUCUUCUCCCAGAGUUGGUGUGAGACAGUAGAAAAUCACCAAGUCCGUCACCCACACGGUGAUUGGUCGGAAGUUGUCCAGAAUGGCAUGCCAGACAGAAUUGAGCAAGAAGGUGACCAUGACGGCAAAGAAGUUGUAAAAGAAAAUCGAGAAAAAGUAAACCCAGAAGGCAAUCUGAAUGGUCGGCGAGUUGUUGAGCAUGUACCAUGUGUUGAACGGGUCUUCAUACGAUCCGUGGUCGUCUCCCGGUAGAUAGUAGACAAGCGGAUACGCAACGGUCACACAAAAGAUAGUACCCCAAAGUCCUUCCAUACCGAUUAGAAGCAGGGGAGGUGCCGGAAUAUCCAUGGUCAAUACCUUUUCUUCGAAAACAUAUUGAAGCGCUUGCACGAACGCACCGAACAAUACCAAAAUGAUUCCAACAAGUGCUGAUCCAUCGCUAUCUGAUGCAGCAGAUUCCGACGAAUCGACGUCACCUCCACCCUCUGCCAAAAUUGCCGUAGAUCCGACCAUCAAGACACUGACGACAUUCCAACCAAUCCCGAUCCAUUGAAACGAAUGCAAUCUAUCGUGGAGACAGGUUUGCUUCAUUACGGCCACAAAAAUGAUACCUGAUUGUUUGAACGAGCAAACGAAAGUAGACAUGCGACAUCGCAAGCAUGGAAUCGACAACCGAAUCAAAAUCGUGGAUAAGCAUGAUAUCUUCCAGUCUAAGAAUCACGCAAUAUGCAUAUUUUAAAGACAUCGUUGAUUGACUUACCUGAUCCCCGAAGUAAUUGAUAGAUACUAACAGAAAUAUACCUCAAUCCCAUCAUACAUAGGGCGGUCGCAGCCAGGUCGAAGAUGGCUGGAAUGGCCAAAAAGAAGUACAUCCAAGUAGGAGUUGUUGUGGCAGCAUUUUCACCUUUGGAUUUCUGGAGGAGCCCACUUUUUUCACCUCGUUCUUCGUCGUCAGGAGAUUCUUGCGAAGCGCCAUCGUGAACGUAUCCGGGAAAUGGGAUUUUCAAGGCCAUAACGACGAAAUGCAUGAGAAGGGCAAACGUCAUUCCCAAGAACAUACCGAAUGUUUGAAAAAUUGGUUUCUCAAAAACUUCGAUGUCACCGUCGAUUCCUUUGCCGUGAAGACCCAUCAUGUUUUUUGACAUGAUUGAACACAUCGUCCCGAAGACGAGAGCCGAAAUGAAAACUAGCAGUUCAGUUAGACCGCAUGAUUUGGGUCCGUCGCCGCCGCCUCCGCUCAUAGUGAUAUCUUGUUUCUUGCGUCUUUGUGAAGGAAAUGAGUUUUUAGGGUGAUGGCAUAAAUUCGUGAGAGAAGU